GAUUGGAUGAAAGCGGCACCCGCUCACUUUCUGUUUCAUCAAAACUGAACAAACUCUCACAGUUUGGAUUUCUGAGAAGACUGAAGGCACGACAAAUUAUGGAGGUUCAAGACGUUGUGGCAAACAAAGAUGUCGCUGUGGUGAUUUUAGAGAAGAAGAUCCAGAAUGCAAAAAACCCUGAGGAAAAAGAGAGAUUUGAAAAGGAAAAGUUUGAGCUCCUGCAGGGAAGAGAGCUGGUCAUAAAAUCUAUGAAACAAAUAGUGGCAAAGUGCACAGACUCCCCUGAGGUUGCCGAACGGGUUUUGAACGGAAAAAGCCAAGCCUACUCGCGCCCGGAAUAUAAAGAAGUUGCUGAGUACUACAAAGGAAAGUGCUUUAACUGGCAUGAGUCAAAGUAUCAGUCUGCGAUGCACCAUCUGUACCUCUUCGCUAACCUAAUUGAGGAGAAAGUUACAGUUGAACGGAUUAAAAAUGCAAUUGAUGAAGUGGGUGGUGCCAUGAGGGCUGAAAAGGAGCUGGAAAAAUCGGAGGAAAAAAUGGAGGACUGCCACACCAAGAGUGAAUGAAAUGGUCUUGAUCUUUUUCAGAAAUGUUUUCCAGAAUGCUCCUUCAGUAUUACUUAGUACAGAUUAUUUUGUCACUACACUUAAACUGACAGGGCUCUAGUGAUUUAAUUACUGCUGCUUUUGCUUGAAAGUGCAAUCUGGCUCAGUUGAGAGAACAGUGAUCGAGACCCUCAGCUAAUCAUGCAGGCUCUUGCUACAUGUUAAUCCUAAUGAUCCUUAACUUUACGCUUCAAAGUGUCUAAGUUCAUUUUAAGACAUCCAGGAAGUAUAAUGUUGAUUUGGAAUCACUGGACUAUUAAGAACAAACAGGAUAUUUCUUACUCAUCCAAACACCAUCAGUUGUGAAACUGUGAGAGGAAUUAGCUCUGGCAAGCACAAUAGUCAUGUGACUUGUGUGCUGAUCAAGUGACUCCUUUGCGUGCAUUUUUGCCAAAGUUACUUCCUAACAUCGGUUAUAAAAGUGGAUAACACUGAAAUGUCUUGUUUUUUUCUUUUAAUAGUCCAGUGAUUCCAAAUCAACAUUUUAAAAUAUUUUACGCUUCAAAGUUUAGGCGUGGCUAAAACGGACCAAAACAAAAGCUAGUUUAGAAAAUGGAAUUGAGAGAUUCUGUAGUCGUCAGUGAGCCAUUUGCCUUUUUUAAACUUGUUUGGUUUGAUUUACUGAAGUUACACAACCACUUUUUUUUUUUUUUUUUUUUUUAAAUAAAUGACUCCUUGUCAUGUGUUUCGGCCUCCUUGUGUUGCAACAUCAUGAAUUUAAAAGUUUAGAUUGCAUUACAUAUGGUUUUUUUUUUUUUAAACAUGACUCCUUGUCAUGUGUUCUGGCUUCCUUGUGUUGCAACAUCAUGAAUUUAAAAAGUUUAAAUUACAUAUGGUGCUUAGUAAUCGUGGAUCUGAACCCAAAGACUGGAGACGUGUGAAAGUGUUUAAAUGAUCAAUGUGUAGAAAUCCACAAAAAAUUAGGUCAUAAUAAAAGAAGCAUUGUUUUACUUUAA